AGAAUUCAAGGGGCAACAAACACUUUAUGAAGAACAAAAUUUUCUUGUUCAUAUUCAUAUCUACUUACAAUUUCUUGUAUCUAUAAUCCAUCUAUCUUCAGAAAGUUAACAUCUUUAUCACUAUAUCCCCUUAAUUUGCAGAAUCAUUUAUCAUGUUAAAACACACACACAGUGAUGGUUUUUCUGGAGGUGAAGUCAACCAAUCCAAGGAACAAGACUUGGUUUCUGAUGAAGAUAAAGUCAACCCAGCUGGAAAAAUUGCAUCUUUUGAAAAGGGUAGUGAUUCAAAUUCCUUAAUUUUAAGUAAUUUUGAUGAUGGUAAAAAUCUUGAAAAGGGAAAGUUAGUUACUUUUGAUGAUGGUAAAAAUGUUGAAAAAGAUGGUAAAAAUUUAGAUGAAAAAAGAUUUGUUGUGGAAAGAGAUUUUAUGCAAUUAUCAGGAGGAUCAUCAAAAAGAGAGAUUGAAAAUGAUGAUGAAAUGAAUAGUAGUGAAAAAAGGCCUAAGUUAGAUAAUGAAACACAAACACUAGAUUUAUCUUUAUCUUUGCCUGAUGUUUCACUGUCUUUAUCGGCUUCGAAUGGGGCUCGGUUUCGAGAUAAUGAUGAUGGAAAUUCUCAUUCAGUUAGUUUAAAGCCUAGUAGGAGUUUAGGUAGAUCAAAUAGUAAUAACACACAAACUACUUUUUCCAAUGAUUUUUCUGGUGGUUCUAUGUCGUAUUCAUAUUCCCAUCAGUUUUCACAUAACCCUAGUUGCUCGAUGACCCGGAAUUCAACGGAGAAUCAUGAGAUUUGGAAUGCAGGGGAGGGAACUAAUGGGUCGGUUCAUAGCCGGUUUAGGCCUGUUGGUGAUAGUAGUGUUGCAUUGGUGCAAAGUGGUCGUGUGAAUUCGGAUAAUAGUUUGUCGUUUUUUCCAUCUGAGUUGGUGGCAAGGACAGGGAUGGAUGGUCAGUCAGGUGGUUCGGUUCAAAGACCACGGUUGUCAACUAGACCUGAUAAAAUUCUUCAAGAAGUUGCCUCGGAGUCUAUUACUAUCAUGGCUCAGAGAAUUGAAGAAGUUACCGACGAAACAAUUGUAUCCACCAAGGAGUACUUGAAGAAACUCAUAACAGUUCCUGCUCUGAAAGAUGAAUUGGUGAGACUGCAGCUUAGGCUAGAAAGACGAUUGGAUCUUACUAGUGAAAAUCUUUCAAAAGCUAAUAAAAACCAACUUGAGAUAUUAGUUUCUAUAAGAACAAGUCUAGAUAGUUUCUUAUCUGUCCAAAACCGCCUUCCAACGAAGGAAUUAGUCGAGAUUUUCUUAUAUGAGAGGUGUAAGAAUGUGACCUGCAAGAGAGUAUUACCUGUUGAAGACUGUGAAUGCAAGAUUUGUUCAACAACAAAAGGAUUUUGCAGUGGGUGUAUGUGCCCAGUGUGUCAAAACUUUGAUUGUGCAUACAAUACUUGCAGUUGGGUCGGGUGUGACGUGUGUUCUCAUUGGUGUCACGCGGUUUGUGGGCUCCAGAAGAAUUUAAUAAAACCUGGCAAGAGCUUGAAGGGACCGGCGGGGACGACUGAGAUUCAGUUUCAUUGUAUGAGUUGUGGGCAUGCUUCUGAGAUGUUUGGUUUUAUUAAGGAUGUUUUUAAGUCUUGUGCAGAUCAAUGGAGCUUAGAGACACUAAGGAAAGAGCUUGAUUGCGUUUGGAAAAUAUUUAGGGGGAGUUCGGAUUUUAAAGGAAAGGAGCUUCACUUAAAGGUUGGUGAGAUGAUAUCUAAACUUGAUAACAAAGUGAUGUCUCCUUCAGAUGUAUGCCUUUUCAUCCUUCAGUUUUUCAACUACACAGAUGGCAUAUCUGAAUUCCCCACGUCCGUUUUACAGUCAACUGUUGUUCCACUAUCAAGAGCUAAUCCCACACCAACAUCUUUUUACAACUCUGGAACAUUACCUCUUCAAAACGAUAUAAAACCUCCAAUGAUCAAUGAUAAUAGCUUGAAGAUCGAGGAUGAGUGGUCAGUAAAGUCAUCCAAAGUAGCUGGGUUUGACAGUGUGGAUAGUCUUGUGAGGAUAAAAGAGGCUGAAGCAAGUAUGUACCAAAACAAAGCCGAUGAAGCAAGAAAAGAAGCGGAUGGAUAUAAACAGAUGAUCAGGAUAAAUCUUGAGAAAUUAGAUGAAGAGUAUGCAACAAAGAUCGCCAAGUUAUGUCUGAGUGAGUCAGAGGAACGCAAGAAACAGAAAGUCGAGGAAUUUAAGGUUUUGGAAAAUGCUCAUAUCGAGUAUCACAAGAUGAAGAUGAGAAUGCAAUCAGAGAUUGCUGGUUUGCUACAGAGAAUGGAGAAUACUAAGAAACAGUGGGUUUAAUUAGUACUUUAUCGUAUGUUCGUUCAGAUAUGAAGAUUGAGUAGUGGUUUCUUUUUUCUAUUCUAGUUUCUUGCAUUCCCAGUUCAGUUUUUCUUACUUUUAACUUGUGAAAGCUUUUAUAAACAUUAUUCAUAGAUUGAGCAAGGUUUGUAUUGUUUUUUGACAUA